GAAGCCGCGGAUUUGAUUUUCCGAGGCUAACUAGUUAGCGCGCCCUGUGCUGUGUGCAGCUUUCUCCUACAACGGGAAUGUCACUGUUUUAAAAACAAACUACAGCGUCAACUUAAAACUAAACAAAAUGAACCUCGAUAGACUCAGAAAACGAGUUCGGCAGUACAUUGACCAGCAACAGUAUCAAAGUGCGCUGUUUUGGGCCGACAAGAUAGCAUCCCUCUCUCAUGAAGAUCCCCAGGAUAUCUACUGGCUAGCUCAGUGCCUUUACUUAACCUCACAGUACCACAGAGCCUCGCACGCCCUCCGUUCACGGAAACUCGACAAGUUGUAUGGAGCUUGUCAGUAUCUUGCUGCUAGGUGUCAUUAUUCUGCCAAAGAGUUCCAGCAGGCCUUGGAUAUCCUGGAUGCAGAGGAGCCUGUUAACAAGAAAUUAGUAGAUAAAAGUGAAAAAGACGACAACGGGACAGAAUCUGCAAAGGAAUGGGACAUGUCGCCUGCUUCUAUCAGUAGCUCCAUCUGCCUCCUGCGGGGUAAAAUCUAUGAUGCCAUGGACAACAGGCCCCUGGCCACCUUCAGCUACAAAGAGGCCUUGAAACUUGAUGUCUACUGCUUUGAAGCCUUUGACCUUUUAACAUCCCACCACAUGUUGACGGCACAGGAAGAAAAGGACUUCCUGGACUCGCUUCCUCUAAGUCAGCAGUGCACUGAAGAAGAAGAGGAGCUGUUACACUUCCUUUUUGAGAACAAAUUAAAGAAGUAUAACAAGCCCAGCGAUCUGGUGGUGCCGGAGAUGGUCAACGGUCUCCAAAACAACUUGGAUGUAGUCGUGUCUCUUGCUGAGAGGCAUUAUUAUAACUGUGAUUUCAAGAUGUGCUACAAACUCACAUCGACGGUAAUGGUGAAAGACCCUUUCCAUGCCAACUGUUUACCAGUUCACAUAGGAACAUUGGUAGAACUUGGAAAAGCAAAUGAGCUGUUUUACCUUUCACACAGACUUGUGGACUUGUACCCCAACAAUCCAGUUUCCUGGUUUGCGGUUGGGUGCUAUUAUCUCAUGGUUGGCAACAAAAAUGAACACGCUAGGCGAUACCUUAGCAAAGCCACCACUCUAGAGAGAACUUAUGGUCCUGCAUGGAUCGCCUAUGGUCACUCCUUUGCAGUGGAAAGUGAGCAUGACCAAGCCAUGGCUGCAUACUUCACUGCUGCUCAGCUGAUGAAAGGAUGUCACUUACCCAUGCUCUACAUCGGGCUGGAGUACGGUCUAACUAACAACUCCAAACUAGCUGAACGAUUUUUCAGCCAGGCGCUUAGUAUUGCCCCAGAAGACCCGUUUGUCAUACAUGAGGUGGCCGUGGUUGCAUUUCAAAAUGGAGAGUGGAAGACGGCAGAAAGGUUAUUUCUAGAUGCAAUGGAGAAAAUCAAAGCCAUUGGGAAUGAGGUUACAGUGGACAAGUGGGAGCCUUUGUUGAACAACUUGGGUCACGUGUGUAGAAAACUAAAAAAGUACGACCAGGCUCUGGAGUACCAUCGUCAAGCUCUAGUGUUGAUCCCACAGCAUGCCUCCACCUAUUCUGCCAUAGGAUACGUGCACAGCCUCAUGGGGGACUUUGAAAGUGCUAUCGACUACUUUCACACGGCACUUGGUUUGAAAAGGGACGACACUUUCUCAGUGACGAUGCUUGGCCAUUGUAUUGAGAUGUACAUCGGGGACACGGACGCAUAUAUAGGCACUGACAUCAAUGACAAAGUGCGAGGCAAUUUGAACACCCCAGCCCUGAUGAAGAUGUUGAACACAUCGGAGUCGACUGACCUUCAAGCCACGCCAAGGUCGGAAGAGACGAACCUGUCGAUGUUGGAGACGCCGGCGUCCAAUCAGGAGAAGAUGAUGCUGGAGACGCCUCUCCGGCUCUCAUUAACGCUGGAGUGCGACAUGUACGAGAGCGACGUGAUGCUGGACACCCUAUCAGACACCAGCACGUGAUUUCAUCCCGUCAGGAGGUGGAACUGUUGUAGCAACGGGUCGUCACAGCUGCACAUGUCCACGCCCCGAGGACAACAGUCGGCCAAAAACUCUAGCAGAUGUCCUCCACCAUGUGGACUCCCCAUUCUGUGUUAUUUUUGUAUCAGAAUGCUCUUGUGAAGAUUUUUAACAGAAGUGACUGAAUUUGUAUGCAGCACAUGGCGUUUACCACAAUUUCACAAGAAUGCACUUUAAAGGAGGGAGAAGUGAACACAUGCCUUGUUUCAAGGGUUGAAUUUGUUUUACUUGGGGGUUAAAAACACUGGGAACAUGUGGCCCCCUGACAGAGGAUCAGCAGGAUCCUCCCUGCUGAUUAACCUGUGGAUCUUCACUCUGAAGAAAGAGCUGGCUGAGAAAAAUCAGAUUUGAUUUUUGGUUAUUACUACAAUAAACCAUGCAUUUAUCUUAAA